UACACAUACAUUAGAAUAGUUUUGAAUAUAUAGAAAAGAAAGUUUUGAAUAUAUCUAACAGAGUAUAUCUGCUUUCUCUAUUUUCUAAAAAAGCGACGUAGAUUAUAGAUACAUAUAUAUAUAUAUGAUGUCCCAUAUCAACAUUCAAAGGUGGGGAUACAAUAUAAAUUCAAAAAAUAAACUAAUCUAUUCUAGUUUGAAAGUUUUCUAUUAUCAUCGUGCGCGUGAAGAGCCACACAAUGAAGCAUCUUUGGAUAGUUCGAUUUAUAUGGAUAUGGAAUAUGGUUAUUUCUAUCGCUGUAAUGACAACUGCCAAGAAUACUAAUCGGGUCCGAUCACCUGUUGCGGAUGCUAUUUAUUCCAAUGAUUUUGAGACAGAUGUUACAACGAUAAAUUUAAUAGACGAUUUUCCAAAAAAGAUUAUUCCACCACCUGCCGGAUUUGUGAAAACUGCGCAUUCUUCAUUUAUUCCUGGAGAAAAUGUGGAAUAUAUACAGCCUUUAAAAGACAACAUCGACAGCAAUCCGUGUGCUCCAAAACAAGAAAUAUAUAUCGACGAAAAUAAAGAAUAUUCUCCAUAUGUACGACAGUUAAUUAACGAGGCCACGAAUUUUGAAAGAGUUCGAAUACAUUCACAAAAUCGUCAAUCAGACGCUUUGAAGGAGCGAUUAACAUCAAUGGCGAACAUCGAUAACGCGCGGUUAAAUCUUGAUAUUAACAAUCGCGGUGUCACGGAGAAAUUAUUGGAAUUCGACGAAAAUGUCGACGAGACAAACGCCCGUUAUGAAAAGCAAACGAUGGUAUCAUCAUCAAUGUCGAAGGAUGUCCCCACAACGCCUGCGGUUAAUUCCUUCGAGCAGAAAACACCGUCAGAGACAUUUCUCUCGCUCGAUCGCAUUUCCACUCAACCGAUCAAUAAAAACACACCGACAAACAAGUCCGAAGCACCGAGGAACGACGGCGAUAUCAACGUAUUUAUUAUCGUAAAAAAAAGCCCGUCGUUUUCGGAAAAGGCGCGAAAAAAUAAGCAAUUCGUGAUUCGCAAAAUAAAUUCGCAGCCUAUUCGCGAAUCGCAAGAAGAGACGAAUUGGAAUCACCGGGAAUUUCCGCUCAUCGAAAAUACAGCGGAGAUCACUCGGAUACCAAGAAGGGACGAUCCUCUUCAAGCAUCGACGCGUAAUAAAAGAAUGACUGCGCCUAUCGUAUCGCAAAAAGAUGUCCUGAACAAAAACAGUGAGGAAGCAGAAUAUAAAAAUAAUACUACUGAAAAGAAAAACACAAAGCCGUCGUUGCAAAAUAAUCAAUCUGAGGUGACAGUCGAAGAGAAAAGAAAAGGAUCUACAAAUGAAAAUGCAACGAAGGAUUCUGUAGACGCGAUUAUUGCAACUCUUUCGAUGAAAAAAAUCAAAUUUCUGCCUAAAUUUUUGCCCGUAAGAUUUAAGCCACGUAAAGAAGAACGUAACUUUACGAGAGCCGGAAAAUUUCAGAAUCUCAAUCGAUUCUCCUCAAGUCAUUUUCAACGCUUUUACGAAGCGAAAACAGAUCUUUUAUCGAAAAUUAAUAAUAUAACUGUAGUUAGAAAGAUAAAAUCGACGCGUUUUGAACUUCUCUCAAAUGCCUCUCAGGCCUACUUGUCCAGGAAGAAAAAAGAAAAGACUUUAACAAAUUCUGAGACAAGAGAUCAUGCAUUAGACAUUAAAAUGUCUAACGCCAGUGCACUCAAUGAUUCUAUAAGUGUCAAUAAAAAUGAUUCGUACGAUUAUUCAGCACCGAAUUUGCAGAAUGCAUCUCUCGCAUCGAAUAAAAUUGCAUCUCAUUUAAAUGUGACUUCACAGGAAAUUGAAAAAUCAAUGCAGACGGAAGCAAUGUAUAACAAUGACACAGCAUCUUUGACAUUUGAAAACAACUCGAAAAUGUCAUCGGAAGCGAUCGUGCAAAAAAUCACCGAGAAUUUAAAGCAAUUAUCCGAUAUAAAUAGAGAUAAUGCUCAGUAAUAUUUUACUACUGAAUCGCCAAUUGAUAACCCAGCAAUUGAAUCGAAAUAAAACCGAAACCGCGCGUCCUUCCGAGUCAUCGAGUUUAUCUGUAAACGCGGCAGAUAAACAAAUGUCGGAUGCAAGGACAUGACAGAUUGACAUCGCGAGCAAAAUUUAGACACGAAAAGAUAAAAUAAUUUAUUAAAAAUUGAUUACUAAAAGUAAUCGAUUGAUUAAAUUCGAUAAUUAUUACAAUCGAUAAGAGUGCAAGAUAUCGUGUCUUAUUAUAACUG